AUGAUCACCAAACAUUUCCUUCAUAAGUUCCAUAGAUUCCCACCAAGGCCUUUUCUUUCACUACCCAUAAUCGGGCAUCUGUAUCUCUUAAAAAAACCACUUCAUAGAACCCUAGCCAAGAUUUCCAACAAGUAUGGCUCUGUUGUGUUUCUUGAAUUUGGUUCACGCAAAGUCCUCGUUGUCUCAUCUCCUUCUGCUGCUGAAGAGUGCUUUACAACCAAUGAUUUAGUAUUUGCAAACCGGCCAAAGCUACUUGCCGGAAAACACCUUGGUUACAACUACACCACCCUUACUUGGGCCUCGUAUGGACACCAUUGGCGAAACUUAAGAAAAAUUGCUUCGCUUGAAAUUUUGUCCAACAAUCGUAUUCAGAUGUUUACAAACAUUCGUCAUGACGAGGUUCUCUCUCUAAUGUCUAUGUUACACAAGAGCUCUAAAAACUCUGGAUUCGAUGUCGUUGAAAUGAAGUCAUGCUUUUUUAGCGUUACAUUGAACACGAUAAUGAGAAUGAUCACAGGAAGGAGACGCUUAUACAGCGACAACAAGGGAGAACCGGAGGCUGCAAGAAAGUUCCAGGAAAUGGUGGAGGAAACUUUCCGGUUGAGCGGUGCAUCAAAUAUCGGAGACUUUGUGCCUCUAGCAAAGUGGAUUGGUGUAAACUCGACUGAAAAGAAGAUGGUAAAACUAAAUCAAAAGAAGGAUUCCUCCAUUCAAGACAUGAUUGAAGGGCACAGGAGGAUGAGGAGUCAUGAUUCUUUGACUAUCAUCGAUGUCCUGUUGUCCUUGCAAGAAACUGAUCCGGAAUACUAUACAGAUGAAAUCAUUCGAGGCUUGAUACUAGUGAUGAUCUCAGCUGGAACUGAUACUUCAGCAGGAACCCUAGAGUGGGCUUUAACUCUUCUACUGAACCACCCGGAUUCCCUAAAAAGGGUUGUUGACGAAAUAGACAAGAAAGUGGGUUCUUCAAGACUUAUGAACGACUCCGAUCUUCCUAAUCUUCCCUAUCUUCAUGGAGUUAUAAACGAAACACUUCGUAUGUGCCCAGCUGCACCACUGAUUCCACCCCACGAAUCCACAGAAGAAUGCAUCGUCGGUGGUUUCCUCGUCCCCCCGGGAACAAUGCUGUUGGUGAACCUUUGGGCAAUGCAAAAUGAUCCGAAGCUGUGGGAGGAGCCGGAGAGAUUUAAGCCGGAGAGGUUUGUUGAUCAGGUUGAAGGGCAGAGGGAUCAUGGGUUCAAGUUUAUGCCGUUUGGGUCAGGGCGAAGGAGGUGUCCUGGUGAAGAUUUGGCCAUGCGACUGGUGGGGUUGACCCUAGGGACACUGGUUCAGUGUUUUGAGUGGGAGAGAAUUGGUGUGGAGAAGGUGGAGAUGAACGAAGGACCUGGUCUCACGAUGCCAAAAGCCCGACCUUUGGUAGCUAAAUAUAGACCACGUCCGCACAUGGUGGAUCUUCUUACUCGCAUAUGA